UGCCUCAGUACAGCUUUCACUCUCCUGGCGUUGGGGUGUACGUUCUCUGCGCUCGGGAACGGGUACCACUUGCUCACUCCUGUCUCUCUUUCUCUUGGACCAUGUGGACGGUGAGGUGACAAGGUGAAGGGAUCAGCUUUCAAUCAUGCUCAGGUUAUGGGCAUGCCGGCGGCGUGGGCGGUGGGCGAGCUUGGGCGUGCUGGUGCUGCUGCUGUUUGUGCUGGUUUUCCUUAUCCGGGAGCCCAGGACAAACUUCGAAGACGACUCAGAUGUUAUGAUCCCCUUGAAAUCUCGCCAUCGUAACCAGGAGGAAUAUAUAGACAAGCGAGGCAUUCACGUGGUAGUCGGUCACUACAUGGGAGACGAUAUGCCAGGCAAGACCACCCCGAACCUGACAGACGAAAUUCUCAACACAAAUGGUUACUCGCCGGAUCCGAAGGCUGGAGCGCUUGGGAGUCCGGUUGAAAUUCCUACAUGGGACUCGGCUCGCAUGCAGAAGCUGUAUCAUAUUAACCGAUUCAACCUCCUCGCCUCUGACCGCAUCCCCGUUAACCGCACGCUGCCAGAUAUCCGGAAAAAGAAAUGCGUGGAAAAGCAGUACCUCAUGAGUAAGCUUCCCUCCACCUCCGUCAUCAUCGUCUUCCACAACGAGGCGUGGUCCACUCUGCUGCGCACUGUCCACUCCGUCAUCUCCCGCUCCCCGGCAUCCAUCCUGGAGGAGAUCCUGCUGGUGGAUGACGCCUCGGAGAGAAAGUUCCUCAAGGAGCCGCUGGAGGAGUACGUGGCGAAACUCCCUGUAGCUGUGCGCGUCCUUCGCUCCCCGACGCGAACAGGAUUGAUAAGGGCGAGGCUGAUGGGCGCUCAGGAGGCAAAAGGCACAGUGCUGACCUUCCUGGAUGCUCACUGUGAGGCCACGGCAGGUUGGUUAGAGCCACUACUGUCACGCAUCGCCGAGGACAGAACCCGCGUGGUGUGUCCCAUUAUAGACAUCAUCCACGAGGACACUUUCCAAUACGUGCGGUCCUUUGAACUGCACUGGGGCGCCUUCAACUGGAACCUACACUUUCGCUGGUACACUCUUGGCCAACACGAGCUGGAGGGGAGGAAGCGAGACAUCACCGAGGCGUACAGGACUCCAGCCAUGGCGGGAGGACUCUUCAGUAUCCACAAGGACUACUUCUUCCAGCUAGGCUCCUACGACAAGAACAUGGACGUGUGGGGCGGUGAAAACCUAGAGAUGUCCUUCAGGGUGUGGAUGUGCGGAGGGUCAGUGGAGAUCGCGCCCUGCAGUCACGUGGGUCAUGUCUUCAGGAAAAGCUCCCCUUACACUUUUCCAGGACAAGGUGGCGUCGGGGGUGUCCUGUACCGUAAUCUGGCGCGUGUGGCUCUGGUGUGGCUAGAUGACUGGUCUGAGUUUUACUUCAAGAUCAAUUCAGAGGCGGCGCGGGUGAGGGAUGAUGUCACAGUGAGAGACAGACUGAUGCUGAGGGACCGCCUGCAGUGUCAUGACUUCCAGUGGUACCUUGACAACAUCUGGCCUGAGCAUUUCUUCCCGACCAAGGACGGCUUCUUCGGCAAGAUCCGUCACGAGGCGCAGGACAAGUGUCUAAUCAGACCAGGGGGACGGUUCGGGGGCAGCGUUCAGCCAACAGGAACAGCCACGCUGAAGGAGUGCGUCAUUGAGGUGUACCCGCCCCAGACCUUCGUGUUCAACAAGAAGGGCUACAUCAUGACGGACGAGAGCGUGUGUCUGGACUCCCCUGACUUCGACACGGCAACACGCCCUCAGGUCCGCGUGAUGGCGUGCAACGAGUUCGACAGACAACGGUGGACCUAUGACGAAACCUCUCGCCUCGUUAAGCACAUCAAGUCUGGCUUGUGCCUCGACCUGCCGUCCAAUAUGAAUUCUGAUACUCUCUCGCUGAAUAAGUGUGACUCGUCCUCCAAGAACCAGAGGUGGACUUUCCAACACGAGGAGUGGCUGAGAUAAUGGCAGGUGGAUGGGAGUGACUUUUGUGAUAAACUUGAAGGAAAAAAAAGUGGAAAUAUGAUGAAUUGACGUGGAGUAGAACCAAGUGAUUGUGAUUUUUGUGGAGCGGAAGUAAUAGAUCUUUCAAUUCUAGUGGAUGAGAUAAUCGCAGGUGGAUGGGACUGACGUGAUAGAGUGGGAGUAAAAAGUUGAAACAUGACAAACUGGCGUGGGAUAGAAAUGAAUGAUAGUUAAUGCCAUGACAAAAGAGAGGCAAUUAAAGUGUUUAACCUAAUGGAAAGAAAGAUGAAUUGCACAAGACUGAAACUAAGAUUGAAAGUUGCACCAAUAAAGUUACUGAUGGAUUUUAAAUUAUGUAACUGAGUGGUGAUAUUUGUUAAUGUAUAUUUGUGAUGACGUGUGCAGUGUGUCUGUGUGGUGAGUGCGUGGUGUGGACAAGUGUAAAGGUGUGUUUGGUGUGGCUGAUGUGAUAACCUAUUGUGGUGUGUUACGUCAACACCUGUAUGUACCUGUGUGUAUAGUGACAGAUAAUUGUUGAUAUGAAACAUUCCAUUAUAAUAAUAAAACUUAAUCAUAAACUUA